AUGGAGAAAUUGCUAAAGGAAUCAAGGCAACCAAUGAACAAGGAAUUUUUUCAAAAAAUUGCAAGAAGUUUCAAUUACUCUUCUGCCCGUGCAGGCAAACCUAUUGUUAGAUGGAGUGAGGUUUUGCAUUUCUUAGGUAAUAGGCAUGAGGAUUGCCCAUCCAAGGUGGUUUCUUCAACUGAUACUUCAAAAGACGGUGCUCCUUGUCCAAAAAGUUGUCCUUCAAAUGAGGCUAAAGAAAGUCCUCAAAUGCCUAAAGCAGGAGAGAGAGUUGCAGAUUUAUCUGAGUUGGAAUUUGAAGCUAGAUCAUCAAAAGAUGGGGCAUGGUACGACGUUAAUAUGUUCCUCGGUCACAGAUUUCUUCCCUCUGGUGAAGCUGACGUUCACGUUAGAUUUGCUGGAUUUGGAGCUGAGAAGGAUGAGCGCAUCAACAUAAAAAAUGCAGUUCGAAAACGCUCUGAUCCGCUAGAGCAUUCAGAAUGUCACAAGGUGCAAGUUGGAGAUCCGGUGUGCUGCUUCCAGGAAAGGAGAGAUCAAGCUAUAUAUUACGAUGUUCAUGUUAUAAAUAUUCAGAGGAGAAUGUAUGACAUAAAAGGUUGCAGGUGUUUUUUUUUUAUUUGA